AUGGUUUUCACAAAGAAGCUUGACCGUGCCUUUCAAUGGGCCGGCGAGAAGAUGGGCCAGGAGGCCAAGACAAGCAACACGGACGAGUUCAAGAUGUUGGAGACUGAAAUGGCUCUACGACAUGACGGCAUGGACCGUUUACAAAAGUCAGGCAACGCCUACGUCAAGUCGCUUUCCCGUCGAGGCGAGACCUUCGAAGACAAGGAGAAGGGAUUGCCUGUCAGCUACCUCGGUCGAACAAUGAUAAGCCACGGCGAGGACUUUGACCCGGAUUCCGAGUUCGGAAACUGCUUGAUUGCCAUGGGCAGAGGCAAUGAACGCAUCGCUGGCAUACAGGAGAGCUACACGGCCCAUGCAACAUCAUACUGGCUUGAAGGCUUGGAACGGUCGCUAGCCAUGAUGAAGGAGUACCAGGCUGCCCGCAAGAAGCUCGAGCAGCGACGUCUGACGUACGAUUCGAGCACAACCAAGAUGCAGAAAGCCAAGCGAGAGGACUUCAGACUCGAAGACGAACUUCGAGCUUCCAAGGCCAAGUACGAGGAGUCACAGGAGGAUGUCUACCGCCGAAUGCAAGACAUCAAGGAGACGGAAGCCGACUCGGUGCAAGACCUUACCAACUUCCUCGACUGCGAGCUGGACUAUUACGAGCGCUGUGCCGAGGAGCUUCGACGUGUCAAGCAGGACUGGGUGGCUGGUCAGUCACAGACACAGGGUGGCCUCCGACCCGACUAUGGCCAACCGCGACGGGGUACGAAUCGCAGUAGAAGCAACACGGCGAACACGGCCCAUUCGUACUCGGAACGCAAUGACCGCACCGAACGGUGGGCGACUCGACAGGACGUGUACGAAGAGGAGCCGACCCCCGAGCCCGUGAGAAUGCCCAUUAGGUCUGGUCGCUACCCCGGAAGCGGAUCCGUAUCGCCUGAAGCGCCUCGCCCCGAAGCACCUCGCCCGAAUGUCAACCGUGCCUCUACGUAUGGCGGGUCUUUCGAGGGCCCUGCGUCACGUCAACCUACCUACCGCGAAGCUCCACCACCUCCUAUGCCCGAACUGCGUAAGACGACCACAGCCCCCAGCAACGUCCCCACCAACGUCGGAAGUCUUCGUAACAACCUUCGACCUGUCGGCCGGAUCCAGACCAAUCAGAACUUGAGGCCUGACUGCUUCGCCGAUGACUAUGACACUACCACCAGCAGCGGAAGCCCCGAGUACGAUCGCAGUGAAAGCCCAGCGACCAGCUACGGCAGUCUGAGCCGAACGGCGAGUAACAUUGGUCUCGGUGCCACGGGCAGCGGGAAGAAGGCUCCCCCACCACCGCCACCAAGCCGAGCCAAGAAGCCUGCGCCCCCGAUUCCAGCCAAGCGGGAAAUGGCAUAUUAA